CGGAGAGCACAUCAAUCCUGCGUUUAGCCGCACCCCUCCCCCCAUUCAGCCAGUCUGGUGGCUGUUCCUGUGUGUUUACUACACGGACCAGGCAGCAGCAGACACUUGGCUUCACAUGCACCUAACUCACAACAGCUAGCUAGCUAAACACUUUAUAGUUCCAUUUGAAAGAGAAUCUCCAAUAAUCCAACAUGCCCAAGAGAAAGGGAGCCGCUGGGGACACUAAGGAGGAGCCCCAGAGGAGAUCCGCCCGGUUAUCAGCGAAACCAGCCCCAGCCAAGACUGAACCCAAGGCCAAGAAGGAGAAACCAGCAAAGAAAGAGAAGGCUGUGAACGACAAGAAGGAGGAGAAGAAAACUAAGAAGGCAGCAGCGAAGGAGAACUCAGAGGCCGCUGAGGAGAACCACUCUGAGAACGGAGAUGCCAAGACCAACCAGAUGGAGGAUGCUCCCGAGGCGGAGAAGGAGGAAGCCAAGUCUGAGUAGCAACACUGCCGACCCCUGACCUCCGACCCCCCCCCCCCCCCAGCCUGCCCCAGUGUUCGUGGUCCCCCUCCAAGGCAUAUUGUUAACAGAGGAAUAUUUUUAUCAGUGAUUUUAUAAGUAUACUAUCUACUAUCCGUACAGAUUUUUAGCACAAAGCAAAGCUGAGUAAUAUAAUGCAGAUCUGCAGUGGUCAUAUCAACAAAGUGUCUGCAGGCAAGAUGAACACACUAAAAUCUUUUUUAAUUAAACAGCAUUUCAUGAUUGUGUAGGAAGCAAAGCGCGUCCCGUCCCAUAGUGAGUUGUGUUCCUGUGCCCACCCUCCUCCACAGUUGGUUCUCCUAGGGUUCUACCUUUAGUCCUGGUUUAUUAACGGUUCUCCCUGGCGUUCCCUUGCUUUGUCUAAAUGUUCCUGUUUUUACAUGAAACAUGUUCUAAGCUUGUUGAAAGUGUGUUGUCCAAUAAGAAAGAGGAAGAGGAUCAUGAGAAACAUUCUGGACAGAGUGACGUGUGUGUCUCCUAGGCGACCCUGUAACAGUGACAUGCAUGUGUCUCCUAGGCGACCCUGUAACAGUGACAUGCGUGUCUCCUAGGCGACCGCAGUAGUGUGUGACAGCUCUCCAUCUUGCUGGUUUUUUAAACACAUGUUUUUUUUUUAGAUGAGCGGUUCUCUGACGUGUCUGAUGUUCUGGAAUUCUCCAAUAAAACAAGUCCUGUGAAUUUUCCUCAAAA